AAUGGGAGAAGAAGAUACUCAUUCUGAAGGAGAAAAUAUUAUGCAUUAAGACUCCUUAUUUAGAGAUGAGGAGAAAAUGGAAGAAUCUGCUAAUGUGGCCUACUUAUUAACUCUAGGUAUCCUUUUAGGACUUACUUUAAGAGAAGUAAACAAAAAAACAAAGUAAACAAGAUUAUGAUGUAGAUUCCCUUAUUCUCCUAUGGUACUAACUUGUGGGUUAUUAAUUGGUUUGUUAUAAAGUUCACUUGGAUACUUAGGAGAAAGUGCAAGUAUUCUAAGCCAUAUGCAUCCACACUUAAUUGUCUAUGUUUUUAUUCCUGUUUUACUUUUUGAAUCAGCAUUUAAUUGUGAUUGGUAUGUAUUCAAAUAUUAAAUGGUGAAUAUCUUACUUUUGGCAGGACCUGGAGUUGGUUGGGUAAGAAUCUAUUAUAUUUUAGGGUGCCAUACUUUUAGGAAUUGUAUUCAAAUUAUUCCUAUUUUAUAGUGAUGAAGAUAUGAAUUGGUAUUAGGCAUUCACUCUUGGUUCAGUGCUUUCAGCCACUGAUCCUGUAGCUGUUGUUGCAUUACUUAAAGAAUUAGGUGCGAGUGCAGCAUUCAAUCAUCUUAUUGAAGGUGAAGCAUUACUUAAUGAUGGAGUAGCAAUGGUCUUUUUCAUAUUUUUUAAUAAAUUAUCAAAAGCAGCAGCAGGUAUUGGAGGUGGAGUAACAUUUGGUGGAGUUUUGUUAAAUUUCUUCAGAAAUUCUAUAGUUGGUCCAGUACUUGGAGUAAUAGUUGGAUUCUUUGGAGCAUUAUGGGCAAGAAGAAUAGUAGGAGAUGAUGUUGAAGUUGGAUGGUUGACAUUUGUAUUUACAUAUCUAACUUUCUAUUGGGCUGAAUUUUGUUUCUUUAAAACUAGUGGAUUACUUGCAGUUGUAUCAUUAGGUUUGUUUUGGAGUGCCUUUGGUAAAACAAGAAUUAGAUCAGAAAGUGAACAUGCUGUUCAUACUGUUUGGAGUUUUGUAUAAUAUUCUUGUGACACUACAGUAUUUUUAUUAGUUGGAAUGAUUGUUGGAACUGAAGUUAUUGAAGAAAGAUAUAUUUAUACAUCUGAUUACUUUAGGAUGAUACUUUUUUAUUUCUUUAUGAUAAUAUGUAGAUAUCUUAUGGUUAUAUCAUUUUGGCCGUUACUUAAGAAAUAUGGAUAUCCAAUGUCCUAACCAGAAUUAAUAGUAUUUGUUUAUGGAGGUCUAAGAGGAGCACUAGGAUUAACACUUUCAUUAAUGGUUGGAUGUGAUCCUGAUUUACCUCCAAGAUUUAGACAUUUAUCUGUAUUUUUUACUGCUGGAAUGGCUGCUCUAACAAAUCUUGUUAAUGGAACUACCUGUAAGGCACUUGUUAAUUAUCUUAAUAUGAUUGAAAAUCCAGUAAUUAAGAAGAAAGUUUAUAAAAGAUAUUUGACAGAUAUGAUAGUGAAUUAAGAAGAUACAAUUAAAGAAUUAGAAGGUGAUGAACAUUAUGCUAUGGCUGAUUGGAAUUAAGUCAAAGCACUUGUUGGAUCUCAAGAAUAUUUACAAGAGGUUGUCUAAUUGGAAAAUGAGAUCAAAUAAAUUCAAGGUGGAAAUAUGAGUAGAAUUUCAUAUGAAGGAUUAACUGAUUCAGAAACCUUUGGUGAAGUUAGAUAUAGAGUUCUAAGAAUCUUAAAAGGUCUUUAUUAUUCAAAAUUUGAACAUGGUCAAUGUGAUGAAGAUUCAGUAAGAUUGCUUGUAGAAUCUAGUGAUGUUGCUCUUGAUCAUACAGGUUCUAUUCUCAAUAUUUGGGAAUAAUUGUUCCAGAGUUUCACAAGUUUUAGUAGCAUUAAAUACUUUUUCAAAGCCAAAGAAUGGACCUUUUUAGGUGGAUAUGCUUAAUAGUAUAUCACAAAGCAUUUAGGAUUUGUUUAUGAUGUGACUACUACAUUUAUAUCAUGUGCUUCUGAAGUACUAACUUUAUAAUAACACAUGCCAAUGAAUAAGGGAGCAGUAAAGUUAAUUAUGGAUGAAAUAAGAAAUGAAAUUACAAAGGCUGAGAUUUAUUUGGGAAGUUUGAAUGAUACAUUCCCUGAAGUCAUUAGAGCCAUACAAACUAAAAGAGCUUCACAUACAGUUCUAAUGCAUUAAAGACAUCAUUUAGAAGAGAAUUAAAAAAAUGGAUUAGUUGAUGACAAAGAAUUCAAUUCACUUAAGGCUAAUAUUGAUGCUCGUUUAGUUGAACUUGAAAAUCAUUCAUUUGAUUGGUAAAUUCCAACAUUUCACGCUUUUGCAAUGGAAUUCCCUAUUUUUACAGGAGUACCUAAAGAAGAAUUGGAUACAAUUGUUAAAUCAACAUAUGAGAAAAGGUAUUAACAAGAUGAAAUUGUAUAUGAAAAAGGAAUGACUUGUUAAAAUAUAUACAUUGUUUAAAAAGGUACAGUAGAUGAUGAAGUUGGUACUCAUGUUUUGAAAAAAGGAUUGGGUUCUUUACUUUCAUAUGCUAAUUUGAUAGGAGAUGGCAAAUGUAUGACAACUGCUAGAGCUGCAUCUGAGACUGUUUUACAUUCUCUAAAUUUGAAUGUACUUAGAUCAUUAAUGUAAAAAUCAGAAAUAUUUGAAUAAAAAAUAUAUAUCAAUUCUAUUGGUAAGUAUUUUAUUUAAUUUGAUUAGAAUACUUAAUUAAAUUAUUUGAAUCUUAAGCAGGUCCAUUAGCAUAGAUGGAAGCAAAGAGAUUGGGUUAGUUUUUGAGAUCAAAGACAUAAUUCAAAAAAUUUGAUGUACAUUCUAAUGUGGAAUUUAUGUUUGGAGGAUAUAUAAUAAAAGGGGAAAUUCAAAGUUGUAUAUCAGAUGAUGGUGAAGGAAUUGAAAGAUAUAGAGAUUAUUGGUAUGGUUAUUAUAAAUAUAUUUAUUAGUUAUGUACCACCAAGAGAGAGUGAUUUCACUGUUAAUAAACCACUUAUCUGUCUUGUUUUUGAUGAUGCUAUUGAUAUCAUUAAAUAAGAUAGAUUAGAACAAUUCAAUUUAGAAAAUCAUGAAGAGAUUGUAUAGGAGAGAUUCUCAAGAAUUGAAAUUUAGAAUCAAUAAUAGGAAUUCUGA